AUGGUCACCGAAUGGCGACCGUGUGGUCUACUUAGUGGGAAGCCUGCAUCUGCUUACGCUGUUCUGCUGCUGAAUCAGCCUCUGAAUAAAAAUGCCGUGGAUGCCGUGAUCAGCGGCGCGGCGAUGUUAGUCUGUGCAGACGCUGGAGCCGACCGGCUAUACAAUUACGACUCGGAGACCAGCAAUGGACUGAAAACACGCCUGCCGGAUGCAAUUGUGGGGGAUUUGGAUUCAUUGACGAAGGAAGUUGCUGAGCACUACAGCCGAAAAGGCGUCAAGAUCAUCAGAGAUCCAGAUCAGAUGUCGACUGACUUCACCAAAUGUUUGAAGUGGAUCAACGAUGUAUGGACUAACGACAUCAACAACCGUGAGAAGGAGUUGGACGUUGUUGUCCUGGGCGGUCUUGGUGGUCGUGUAGACCAAGGCUUCUCACAAAUUCACCACCUAUACAUGGCCGCCAACAACGAAAAGCUUCUGUCUGGCCGUAUCUAUCUGCUCUCCGAGCAGAGCCUGACAUUUGUGUUGUCUGAAGGCGCCAAUGUCGUCCUCAUCGAACCCGACUUUUUCGAAGAGAACGUUGGCAUCAUUCCCGUCCUUGGCCGAACCAACAUCACCACCGACGGGCUUGAAUGGGAUGUCCAAGACUGGCCCACAGAGUUUGGCGGCCAGCUGAGUACGAGCAACCAUAUUCGCUCGGAUAGAGUCGAGAUCUCCUUCACGGGGCCGAUGCCGCUGUUCACCCUGGAGCUUGCUUCCCGGUUCGCCGCUGUCUACCCUCGGUAG